GCGCGCCGGAACCGCCGCGCUUUUCCUUCCGCACCGCCCCCGCCGCCGGAAACCCGCGUGUGCUUCCCGUGUUUCCUCUCAGGCGGCGGGGCUGGCGGGUCGCCGUCUUCUCCCCCGCCCCUUCUCACCGGCGGCGGCGGCGGUGGAGGUGCUGGAGGGUCCCGCGAGUUUUCAUAUGCAUGGAUAUCACCUGAAUAUUCUUACCAGAGCUUAGAUUGUGCAUGAGCUUACCCCAACCAUGAGUGGCUCCAAACCUGAUAUUCUGUGGGCCCCGCACCAUGUUGACAGAUUCGUUGUGUGUGACUCGGAGCUGAGCCUUUAUCACAUCGACUCUGCUAUGAGUUCAGAACUUAAGGCAGGGUCCUUGCGGCUGUCAGAAGAAACUACGGCUACGCUGCUGUCCAUAAACUCGGAUACGCCCUACAUGAAAUGUGUGGCCUGGUAUCCCAAGUACGAUCCCGAAUGUCUCCUUGCUGUUGGACAGGCCAAUGGCCGAGUGGUACUUACCAGCCUUGGUCAAGAUCACAACUCAAAAUGUAAAGAUUUGAUAGGCAAAGAGUUUGUUCCCAAACACGCACGGCAGUGUAAUACCCUGGCGUGGAAUCCACUGGAUAGCAAUUGGCUGGCUGCUGGCUUAGAUAAACAUCGGGCUGACUUUUCAGUGCUGAUCUGGGAUAUCAGUAGCAAAUAUGCCCCAGAGACUGCAGUUGCUACAGAGAAAGUAAGACUUUCAGCAGGUGAUGCGGAAUCAGGACUGGUAGUAACCAAGCCACUGUAUGAAUUAGGACAGAAUGAUGCUUGUCUCUCUCUCUGUUGGCUUCCACGGGAUCAGAAGCUGCUGUUAGCUGGAAUGCAUCGAAAUCUGGCUAUCUUCGAUCUAAGGAACACAAGCCAAAAAAUAUUCGUAAACACUAAGGCUGUCCAGGGAGUGACUGUUGAUCCAUAUUUCCAUGAUCGUGUAGCUUCCUUCUAUGAAGGUCAGGUUGCCAUAUGGGAUUUAAGAAAGUUUGAAAAGCCUGUUUUGACCUUGACAGAGCAACCAAAACCCUUAACAAAAGUUGCGUGGUGUCCAACGAGAACUGGACUGUUGGCUACUUUGACAAGGGAUAGUAAUAUCAUUAGGCUGUAUGACAUGCAGCAUACUCCCACCCCUAUUGGAGAUGAAACUGAGCCAACGAUAAUUGAAAGAAGUGUCCAACCUUGUGAAAAUUACAUUGCUUCCUUUGCCUGGCAUCCCACAAGUCAAAACCGAAUGGUAGUAGUGACCCCCAACAGGACUAUGUCUGACUUCACAGUUUUUGAAAGAAUUUCUCUUGCAUGGAGUCCAGUGACAUCCUUAAUGUGGGCUUGUGGACGACAUUUGUAUGAGUGUACAGAAGAAGGAAAGGCUAGUUCCUUGGAAAAAGACAUAGCAACCAAAAUGCGGCUCAGAGCUCUGUCAAGGUAUGGUCUUGAUACUGAACAAGUUUGGAGAAAUCACCUCCUAGCUGGAAAUGAAGAUCCUCAGCUGAAAUCGCUUUGGUACACUCUGCAUUUUAUGAAGCAGUAUACUGAAGAUAUGGAUCAAAAACUUACAGGAAACAAAGGUCCCUUAGUUUAUGCUGGCAUUAAAUCAAUUGUGAAGUCAUCUUUGGGAACAACAGAGAACCUCAGGCACAGCAGGAGUGGAUCUGAUAGACAGGCAGAUAUUAUUCAAUAUCUGAGUGAGGAGAGAUACUUGGCUUUGCAACUCUGUGGGUGGAUAAAGAAGGGAACAGACUUAGAUGUGGAACCUUUUCUAAAUUCAUUGGAACAGGAAGGAGACUGGGAACGAGCUGCUGCUGUAGCACUUUUCAACUUGGACAUACGGCGAGCAAUACAAAUUCUACAUAAAGGGGCUAUCUCAGGAAAAGGUGAUCUGAACCUUAACGUAGUAGCAAUGGCUCUGUCAGGCUACACAGAUGAGAAGAACUCACUUUGGAGAGAAAUGUGCAGUACUCUGAGACUGCAACUGAACAAUCCCUACUUGUGUGCAAUGUUUGCUUUCCUGACAAGUGAGUCUGGUUCAUAUGACGGUGUUUUGUAUGAAAAUAAUGUGGCUGUACGAGACAGAGUGGCAUUUGCUUGCAAGUUUCUCAAUGAUGCUCAGCUGAACAGGUUUAUUGAAAAGCUGACGAAUGAAAUGAAGGAGGCUGGGAAUUUGGAGGGAAUACUGUUAACAGGGCUGACAAAAGACGGGGUUGACUUGAUGGAAAGUUAUGUUGACAGAACUGGAGAUGUCCAGACAGCAAGCUAUUGCAUGCUACAGGGUUCUCCAUCAGAUGUACUUAAGGAUGAAAGAGUUCAGUACUGGAUUGAGAACUACAGGAAUCUCUUAGAUGCUUGGAGAUUUUGGCAUAAACGUGCAGAAUUUGAUAUCCACAGGAGUAAGCUGGAUCCCAGUUCAAAGCCUUUAGCCCAGGUGUUUGUGAGUUGCAAUUUCUGUGGAAAAUCAAUCUCUUACAGCUGUUCAGCUAUUCCUCAUCAGGGGCGAGGUUUUAGCCAAUAUGGAGUCAGUGGUUCUCCAACUAAGUCAAAAGUUACAAGCUGUCCUGGUUGCCGUAAGCCCCUUCCUCGCUGUGCACUUUGCUUGAUAAAUAUGGGAACACCAGUUUCCAGCUGUCCAGGAGGAUCCAAGUCAGAUGAAAAAGUGGAUCUUAGCAAAGACAAGAAGUUAGCCCAGUUCAGCAACUGGUUUACUUGGUGUCACAACUGUAGGCAUGGUGGACAUGCUGGACAUAUGCUGAGCUGGUUCAGAGACCAUACUGAGUGCCCGGUUUCUGCCUGCUCUUGUAAGUGUAUGCAGCUGGAUACAACAGGGAAUCUCAUUCCAGCAGAGACUGUCCAGGCAUAAAUAUUGUUUAAAAAUAUGUGGCUCUCCAAUGGAUGUCCAUCAUAGUCCAAGCAUAUAUUUUAGACAAAGGUAAUUUGUGACUUACUGACUGGAAAAAAAAAAUAAAACGCUAUCAAAUUAGUAAAAUUAUGUGUGUAUGAGUGUGCUUGGUAGAAACAGGUAUUCCUGAAGUGAGCCUCUGUAGUGUGUGGUCCUUAUUCAGAGGACUGAAGAAAAGCACUCCUGGAUUUGUGGACUCUUUGGAUUUACUGAAAUCCAAAGACUGUUUUCAGGAUAAUGCUGAUCAGCCCCAAAGCUGUGUUUAUAUGCUGUGAAAGAGGACCCUCAAAAUAAACACUUGGAAAGUGUCCUUCAGAAGAUGGCAAAGUGAUGCUGUGGAUUCCUCUGUUCAUUGUUUGAUCACACUUUCUUGUAUUCAAAUGAUGGUUUCCUCAUAACUUCAUUUAAAAUGCUACUGUUAACUGUAUUCUAAAGGUUAUUUUAAAGAAAAAUCCAUUUCUUCCUGGCCCGAAGUUUUAUUCAUAGUAAAGCAAUGUCUUUGCAUUCAAGCUCUUAUUUAAUUUGCCUACAUACCUAGCUGAUGUGAAUUAUAAAGCUAAAGAAUUUGGGGGUUUGCUCUCCUAGUGAAGUCUGUAGAGAGGAGUUCCCUGAGUGAGAAGUCAUGUGUCUGUUUCAGUGCAGAGUGCAGAUAAACUAUAGGAGGUUUUUAGUUGAGUGAUUAAUUUAGUACUGUGGAGACCUGAAAUCUCAAGGACUGGAGACUUGUAAAUAUUUAUUUUAAACUACAUGCUGAGUUUUGACUACAAAAAUAUUUGAAGACUCUGGGAUAAUCAGGAUUUCACCGUACUUCUGAAAUAUACUGGGAAGUGUGGAAUCAACCUAUAUAAAUCCUGCUUCUUGUCACCAGCAGACACUAGUCUGCUCCCAAAAGGCUGCACAAUUUUAAGUAAUUUAUCAGUCUAGCUCUAGAUGAGUAACCAGCUGGAAUUAAGAUUAUUUAUUAACUUGAGAGAGCAUCAAUGGUAUUUUGUGCUAGGAGCUAAUUGGUAUUGUUGUCCUCGAUUUUGCAGGCAACAAAACUCACACAAAUUAGG